AUGCGCAUAGGUCUGGAAGAUAUUAUGAAGGGAUGUAAAAUAUUACAUCAAUUAACACAAACAUACAAUCAAUGCAUAGAAAAACAAGAAUUUUCAAUUGUAAUAGGGAAUACCAGCUGUGACCAGGAUUCGUUUAUUGGAUCUUAUGUUUUGGCACUAAUGGAAGAUAAACUACCGAUUAUAAAUAUAUCGCGGGAAUUGUUUCAGCAUAAGCACGAUCUGUGUUAUAUAGUUAAGGAAAUAGGUUUAGACUUAAAUGACUUGGUGUUUCUAGAAAAAAGAGAAAAUGAUCUUUUUUUUAUCCGAGGAAAUGAUCAAGUUGCUUUAGAGUCUCUAAAAAUAACUGCAACACUUGUGGAUUUUAGCAAUCCAGAAGAAGAGCUACUUAAAAUCAAGCAUUUUUAUGUUGAUAAAAUUAUAGACCAUAGAAAGCUUAUAGAAGAGUCUCAAAUACACUUUCAUGCUAAUGAAUUAUGGAUUAACUUAAAUGUUCACUCUUGCUGCACACUGAUAUUUCACUAUAUACAGAUGCAUUAUAGGCGAAAAAUAGAAUCGGCACCUGCUCGGUACAUGUUCAUAUUUCUACUAGCCAUUUCUAUUAUCACAGACUCUUCUUUUUCAGACCGCCCGCUAUAUGAUUUAGAUGCAUUUGCAUUAGAUGCCAUAAUAGCAUUAACUAAUGUAAGUAAAGAAGCCAUUAUGGAUAUACACCAAAAAAUAAAAUUACGCGAAAAGUCUAAUCAUAAAAAACCAACUAAAGUGAUUGUUGCGCUUCGCCAUAAAAGGUACAUGUAUCCAGAUAUGUCAGGAAGAUUUUUUAGUAUAAGUUCUGUCAAAUACCACUAUGAUGAUUGGAUUAAAUCAAAUGGAAAGAAAGAGUUCUUGGGUGGAAUAAAAGAAUUUAAAGAGUCAAACAACUAUGAAUUUUGCGUUAUUAACUCAGAAUCUCGCGAUAAACGAGAAGUGUUCAUAUACGCAGCACCAAGCAAUGAUUUUAUAAGAAAAGUUCUGUAUGAUGGCAAUAAGAUCAUAAAAAGGCAGAUAAAUAAUGACCCUGAGCUGACUGUAUAUGAAAUAGACAAGGAAUAUAAAGGAAAAAUAAUUUUUCCAAAGAUUUUAAAUUAUCUUAAAGAGUCAACUACAGAAAUAGACGACAUCAUUGAAAUACGAUUUUUAGAUUAAACUGAAUUUUUGGUAUAAAUCACACUGUAUAUUGCUAUUUACCAGCUUAGGUAAUCUACACAAAGAACACAUUAAUGUAAUCACAAGAAUAAUUAAAGGCCCUCGAUGCGUAUAAAUAAUUAUAGCCAG